UAUAUAAUAGUUAAAUAAUUGUGUAUAAUAGUAUCUACAAAUAUCUCAUUAAAAUCCUAAAAAUUCAACAUGGUUUGGAAAAGAUAAAACUUGAUGAAAUGACCCUGAAAAUUAAUGAAAUGGUGCAUUGUAUUAAUUUAACCGCAUCCUGUUUUUUCGUAUACUUUACGCUAUGUAGAGAAAUAUGGUCUUCCAUCGUUACAAUUGUGUUAAUACAAAAUAUACAUAUAUAUAUAUAUACAUAUAUAUUUGAAAUUUAGGUCAAUUAGGAUUAUUUUAUUUGUGCUUUUUUACUAUUUUGGGAACAAUAUUUGCGGUACAAAUGAAGAUCAGUAUAGAUUACGUUUCUCAACUGGAUAAACCAUUUUUUCAAUACCUUAGUUCAAAAUCUGGAAAACCUUCACGUUUUACCCGAUCAACUUUCGGCAGUCCAGAAUAUAAUAAAAAUAAAUCAAACUAUGAUUUAGACUGCUAUAAAAAACAUUCGAUAUCAAAACAUCAUAGAAAAUCUUGUUAUUUUAACAUACACAAUCUUGGAAUAUGUAGCACGCCUCCAUAUGGUUAUACAAAACCUUUAAAACCUUGUGUUCUUAUUAAAUUUAAUAAGAGAUUCGAUUGGAUCCCAGAAUAUUAUAAUUAUUCGUCGUAUUUGCCGCAUAACAUGCCAGCGAGAUUGAAGAAAGUAGUACAAAAAUCUCACAAGCCUUAUAUUUGGUUGUCGUGCAACGGAGCGAAUAACGUGGAUAAAGACCAUAUCGGAGAAAUAGAAUACAUUCCAACUCCUGGAUUUCCAGUUGAAUAUUUUCCAUUUACCGGACAGCUAGAUUAUAUGUCUCCUAUUGUCGCGUUAAAAUUCAAUAGUUUAACAUUAAAUAGAUUAGUGACAGUGGAAUGCUACUUAUGGGCUCAAAAUAUCGAGCAACAUUCUCGAUACUCGUUAGAUUUUCAAAUAAUAAUAGCCAUCACUGGAGCAUUCUAUACUUGCUUCUUCAGCGCGUUGGCCUUGCUCUUUGCUGUUUGCAUGAAAGGAUUGUUAGCUACACUAAAUUACGAAAAACCAAGAUGGAUUCUUGAAGAAAGUUUAAUAGGAACCAAUCCAGGUUUAGGAUUUCGACCAAUGUCUAAUAAUGCUGACGAACGAUCCUUAAUUUGGUACAGUUCAUCGGAUCCUAGUUCCGUGCAAAAAUGGACAGGCCUGUUAGAUACGUUUUUAGAAGAAUAUAUUAAUUCAUCGUUGUUGCCAAACGGUGGUAGAAAUCAGCAAAUUUGUAAUUAUAAUACACCGGUUAAACCAGGACACGUUUGCGCGGUUGAGGUGAACAAUUGGGGCCCUUGCUCGCCUAACCAUCAAUAUGGUUUCAAUAAUUCCGCUCCUUGUAUCUUCAUUAAAUUGAAUAGAAUAUACGGUUGGAUACCAGAAUAUUAUAACGAUACCGAAAAUUUACCAAACGAAAUGCCACCUGAUCUUGUUGAACAUAUUAAAUCUACCAACAGUUCAUGGUUAAAUACUGUAUGGGUAUCCUGCAAAGGUGCAAAUCCUCAUGACAACGAGGAUAUCGGUGAAUUAAAUUAUUAUCCCGAAAACCAUGGAUUUCCAGGAUAUUAUUAUCCAUAUCAAAAUAUUCCUGGUUAUUUAAGCCCUGUCGUUGCUGUGCAUUUUCUUCGACCAGCAAGAAAUAAAAUAAUCAAUGUCGAAUGUCGAGCUUGGGCAAAGAAUAUAAAAUAUGAGACGUCUCAAAAUCAACAGCAUGGCAUGGUACAUUUUGAACUUAUGAUCGAUGAAUGAUAGUUAUUGCAUUUCUAUAUAGAAAUAAAAUCUUGUACCUUCGGAUACAAAAAUAUCUGCAGAAUAAUGUGGACAACGGGAACGAAAGAUGUGUGGUAAAUUUGAAGAAAACAAUCAACGAAACUUUGGUAAACGAAAAAUAAAAAUAAACAUAUUUCGCUUUUUUAAUAGGUCCAUAAAAAAUUAAAGACGUAAUAAGAUUAGACGUAAAGUCAGAAAAUGCUGUUUACUCGAUCCAUUAAAUUCACCAUGAAACUAUUUCGAUUUCAUGAUUGUGUUUAUUGUUAAAUGUUGGCGAAAAUUACUGUAAAAAUAAAAUAAUUAUUAAUCAUUGGCACUUAUUAUAAUUAUAAAAGUCAAAUAUAGAUAAGACAUUAUCACUAAAUAAUAUUAAAAUAAUAAAUGUCUUGUUUACAUAUUCUAGGAAAAAAAAAAAUAUAUGUAUAGCUACUGGUACUUAUUACAAGCUAAUAUUUCAAAUA